CCGUCUUCAAGCUGCAACUCAAAAGAUUCUUCAAAACAUUUCGACAUGAUGAAAUUGGCCAUUCUGAUGUUCUUCGUCGCUGCUGCUGCUGCAGGGCCCAUCCAGCCGGCCGUUGAAUUGGUUCCUACCGAUGCCGAAAACGACAUGGAGGUGGCGGCCACUCAUCAUCUUGGCUAUGAGAGAAACAUUGGCCUGUACGCUGGUGCCUUGCCGGCAGUUUAUCCCGGCGGUUUCGGAGGUGGUUUCGGUGGAUAUCCUUCAUCAUAUUACCCGAGCGCUUAUCCUAGCUAUUCUCCUGGUUACGGUGGUGCCUAUGGAUACCCUUACCGCCCUUACCCGUCCUACGGAGUCGGUGUGUUCGCAGGCUAAUAACUCUUUGUUGGCAGCUGUAUCGAUUGAAGCUGCAACAAGCUCAACUAACACGAUCUUCUCAAGAACAACCGAAUGCUCAAUUUGUUUUUCAUUUCUGAUAAUUCACAGUUGGAUAGCAAUACACACACACACUGAA